GACUACGACGACUACGACGACUACGACGACUACGACUACGACGACUACGACUACGACGACUACGACGACUACGACGACUACGACGACUACGACGACUACGACGACUACGACUACGACGACUACGACUACGACGACUACGACUACGACGACUACGACUACGACGACGACGACGACGACGACGACUACGACGACUACGACGACUACGACGACUACGACGACUACGACGACUACGACGACUACGACGACUACGACGACUACGACGACUACGACGACUACGACGACUACGACGACGACGACGACUACGACGACUACGACGACUACGACGACUACGACGACUACGACGACUACGACGACUACGACGACUACGACGACUACGACGACUACGACGACUACGACGACUACGACUACGACUACGACUACGACGACUACGACUACGACUACGACUACGACUACGACGACUACGACGACUACGACGACUACGACGACUACGACGACUACGACGACUACGACGACUACGACGACUACGACGACUACGACGACUACGACGACUACGACGACUACGACGACUACGACGACUACGACGACUACGACGACUACGACGACUACGACGACUACGACUACUACGACGACUACGACGACUACGACGACUACGACGACUACGACGACUACGACGACUACGACGACUACGACGACUACGACGACUACGACGACUACGACGACUACGACGACUACGACGACUACGACGACUACGACGACUACGACGACUACGACGACUACGACGACUACGACGACUACGACGACUACGACGACUACGACGACUACGACGACUACGACGACUACGACGACUACGACGACUACGACGACUACGACGACUACGACGACUACGACGACUACGACGACUACGACGACUACGACGACUACGACGACUACGACGACUACGACGACUACGACGACUACGACGACUACGACUACGACUACGACGACUACGACGACUACGACGACAACGACGACUACGACGACUACGACGACUACGACGACUACGACGACUACGACUACGACGACUACGACGACUACGACGACUACGACGACUACGACGACUACGACGACUACGACGACUACGACGACUACGACGACUACGACGACUACGACGACUACGACGACUACGACGACUACGACGACUACGACGACUACGACGACUACGACGACUACGACGACUACGACGACUACGACGACUACGACGACUACGACGACUACGACGACUACGACGACUACGACGACUACGACGACUACGACGACUACGACGACUACGACGACUACGACGACUACGACGACUACGACGACUACGACGACUACGACGACUACGACGACUACGACGACUACGACGACUACGACGACUACGACGACUACGACGACUACGACGACUACGACGACUACGACGACUACGACGACUACGACGACUACGACGACUACGACGACUACGACGACUACGACGACUACGACGACUACGACGACUACGACGACUACGACGACUACGACGACUACGACGACUACGACGACUACGACGACUACGACGACUACGACGACUACGACGACUACGACGACUACGACGACUACGACGACUACGACGACUACGACGACUACGACGACUACGACGACUACGACGACUACGACGACUACGACGACUACGACGACUACGACGACUACGACGACUACGACGACUACGACGACUACGACGACUACGACGACUACGACGACUACGACGACUACGACGACUACGACGACUACGACGACUACGACGACUACGACGACUACGACGACUACGCCGACUACGACGACUACGACGACUACGACGACUACGACGACUACGACGACUACGACGACUACGACGACUACGACGACUACGACGACUACGACGACUACGACGACUACGACGACUACGACGACUACGACGACUACGACGACUACGACGACUACGACGACUACGACGACUACGACGACUACGACGACUACGACGACUACGACGACUACGACGACUACGACGACUACGACGACUACGACGACUACGACGACUACGACGACUACGACGACUACGACGACUACGACGACUACGACGACUACGACGACUACGACGACUACGACGACUACGACGACUACGACGACUACGACGACUACGACGACUACGACGACUACGACGACUACGACGACUACGACGACUACGACGACUACGACGACUACGACGACUACGACGACUACGACGACUACGACGACUACGACGACUACGACGACUACGACGACUACGACGACUACGACGACUACGACGACUACGACGACUACGACGACUACGACGACUACGACGACUACGACGACUACGACGACUACGACGACUACGACGACUACGACGACUACGACGACUACGACGACUACGACGACUACGACGACUACGACGACUACGACGACUACGACGACUACGACGACUACGACGACUACGACGACUACGACGACUACGACGACUACGACGACUACGACGACUACGACGACUACGACGACCACGACUACGACGACUACGACGACUACGACGACUACGACGACUACGACGACUACGACGACUACGACGACUACGACGACUACGACGACUACGACGACUACGACGACUACGACGACUACGACGACUACGACGACUACGACGACUACGACGACUACGACGACUACGACGACUACGACGACUACGACGACUACGACGACUACGACGACUACGACGACUACGACGACUACGACGACUACGACGACUACGACGACUACGACGACUACGACGACUACGACGACUACGACGACUACGACGACUACGACGACUACGACGACUACGACGACUACGACGACUACGACGACUACGACGACUACGACGACUACGACGACUACGACGACUACGACGACUACGACGACUACGACGACUACGACGACUACGACGACUACGACGACUACGACGACUACGACGACUACGACGACUACGACGACUACGACGACUACGACGACUACGACGACUACGACGACUACGACGACUACGACGACUACGACGACUACGACGACUACGACGACUACGACGACUACGACGACUACGACGACUACGACGACUACGACGACUACGACGACUACGACGACUACGACGACUACGACGACUACGACGACUACGACGACUACGACGACUACGACGACUACGACGACUACGACGACUACGACGACUACGACGACUACGAACGACUACGACGACUACGACGACUACGACGACUACGACGACUACGACGACUACGACGACUACGACGACUACGACGACUACGACGACUACGACGACUACGACGACUACGACGACUACGACGACUACGGACGACUACGACGACUACGACGACGACGACGACUACGACGACUACGACGACUACGACGACUACGACGACUACUACGACUACGACGACUACGACGACUACGACGACUACGACGACUACGACGACUACGACGACUACGACGACUACGACGACUACGACGACUACGACGACUACGACGACUACGACGACUACGACGACUACGACGACUACGACGACUACGACGACUACGACGACUACGACGACUACGACGACUACGACGACUACGACGACUACGACUACGACGACUACGACGACUACGACGACUACGACGACUACGACGACUACGACGACUACGACGACUACGACUAGAACUAUGACUACGACUACGACUAUGACUAUGACUAUGACUACAACUACUACUACUACUACCUACUACUACUACUACUACUACUACUACUACUACUACUACUACUACUACUACUUCAAGCGCUGGAAUCUGCUUCCAGAAUCUACGGUUAAGGUGUUUGAGCGUCAACUAGACGCUGUUGGGUGGCAACACGAAACCUUUCCUUUUUCCUGA